AGCAGUGGCUGGAGGCAUCUACUCCGUACGGAGCUGGAGUACUACCUCCUCCCGUGUAGCUCGGGGGUACCUUGGUAGCCUGAGCUCCAUAUCUCAGAUAGGAUAGUAGGUCACUGCCUGCAUCUGCUUCCAACAACAACCAUCCCUUCAUCAUCAUUCCAUCUCGCUGGUUCAUCUAGAAUAGCCAUAUAGAACUUUUGUUUACUGUGUGCGCCGUACUUUUGCAACCUGCAGCCAUUAUGAAGCUCUCAAAUGCCGUGGCCUUCAGCCUCGUCUCCCUGCCAGGGGCCAUGGCCUGGGGAGGUCUGGGCCACAUCACGACUGCCUACAUUGCAAGCCAGUUUGUCAGCAACUCCACAGAGGCCUACCUCAAGCACCUCCUGCGAAGCAAUGAGCCCGACUACAUGGCCAAGGUAGCCAGCUGGGCCGACUCGAUCCGAUACACAAAAUGGGGCAGAUUCACGAGCACGUUCCAUUUCAUCGAUGCCCACGAUAGCCCGCCCGAGUCGUGCAACGUCGACUUUGAGCGCGACUGCAAGGGGACCGGCUGUGUCAUCACCGCUCUAGCCAACUACACCGAGCAGUCCCUCGACCCGUCGCUGCCGCCAUGGCAACGCGCUCAGGCUGCCAAGUUUGUCAUUCACUUUGUCGGCGACUUGCACCAGCCAUUACAUAACGAAGAUGUUGCGAGGGGCGGAAAUGGCAUCCACGUCAAGUGGAAUGGACGAGAUUUCAACCUGCAUCACGUUUGGGAUAGCUCCAUUGCUGAGAAGUGGCUUGGUCGCGGAAAGCCGUACCCAUUGGCGGAAAAGUGGUCCAGGGACCUCACUGAUAAAAUCAACGCCGGCAUAUAUUCAAAGGAGAAGGAUGCUUGGCUGGCAGACUUGGACUUUAGCGAUCCGAUAGAGACAGCAAUGGCUUGGUCGCGGGAAUGCAACAAGCUUGUGUGCGAAUAUGUCUUCCCUGAGGGCCCCAAGGCCAUUGUUGGCCAGGAGCUGAGCGGCGAGUACUAUGAAAAGGCAGCUCCCAUGCUCGAGAAGCAAGUCGCUCGCGCAGGAUACCGAAUGGCGGCAUGGCUAGAUCUGAUUGUCGACGAGUUCCAAAAGAGGGACGCCAGCUUUACUGGCAAGCGACCUGCAGAGGAUUAUGAAGAGCCUGUUGAUGAGCUGGCAGAAGAGAUGGAGGACUAUAUUGGAGAGUUGUAAUUGAAUACCUAUGCCUAGAAGUGUGGAGACAGACACCGGGUUGCUUCUCCCAUAUUUUGGUCUUAUGCAUGAUAGCAAGCAGAUAUGAUUUUGCAUAUAGAGAAUGAA